GUAGAAGACGUUACCGUAAUCCAGGCAUCAUUGAAGCUUGUUGUCGUUGCAGCUACUAAACAGUGCGAACAUUCCACUAGGACUAACCUGCCGUGCUUUCCCGAGUGGCAAGACUACAAACCUCCAGUGAUAAAUUAUUGUAUGUUUCUCCAUUCCUGGUUCCUUAGCUUGCCCCUCGCGAUAUGGAUUUGCUGAGGCCCUGAAGGUGGCAUCCAGACUUAUAGGUCUUCGAGCACAUAGGAAACGGUCCAGGAGACUCAUCAUUUUUGUGUAAGAGCUCUUAAUGGCUGGAGGGUACACGACCCAACCACCUGACGGCCGCGCCCCACGGGGUCGGGCGCGCGUUGGGCGCAUGGACGAUGCCGAGCUGCUGGCCCCGCCUGAGGUCGCACCAGUGCAGCUCACCCGAAGCAUGUUCUCGCAGCCCGCCCCGCGGCCCCCGCCCGCGCCUCUCACCAACCACCACCUCAAAAAAGCUGCUCGGCUAAACGCCACAGCACCCACGGGUGCUGCCCCUGCCCAUGCUGCUGGCGCCGGCGCCACUAACCCAGGCGGCUCCUCCCCCUCCGCUGCUGCUGCUGCUGCCCGGGCUCGUAGCGCCCGCAGCCUGCGUAGCGGCGGGGCAGCUAGCUCGGUGCGAGGGACCGGAGGUGGAGGCGGGCGGGCGGCGUUCAGUGUGGUGUCGGAUGAGGAGGUCAUUGACGUGGAUGGCGAGCCGACCACCCUGGCGGAUGACGACAUGGAGCUGGCCUCCCGGGGAGGAGCAGGAGGCGGGGGAGCAGGAGGCUGCUACGAUGAGGGGGAGGAGGAGGCAGCGGUCGAGGAGGAGGAGGGGCAGGACGAGUUCGACACCUACAACCAGCAGCAGCACCUCAGCCGCUUCCAGCAGCUGUACGGCCCCCGCAUGGGGGGUGCCAUGUACGGCAGCAGCCACCACCAAAACCCACACCACCACCACCACCAUGCAGCAGCACCAGCGGGAGGAGCAGGAGCCGGGCGGCCUGCCAGCCAGCACCGCUUAGCAGGCGCAGGAGGAGCGGCGGGGCGCGGAGGGCGGGGGGUGGGUGCCGGAGCACAUGAGGAGUACGGAGGAGCAGCAGCAGCAGCAUGCGGUAACGGUAACGGCUUCGGUUACCCCGCGCCCAGCUACGGUUACGCUUACGGAGGUGCAGGAGGUGGUGGUGGUUGCGGUGGUGGUGUUGGUGGUGUUCUGGACCCCCUGGAGGAGUUGGAGGCGGACACGCCGGCUGUGCGGCUGGCGGAGGUGAUGGCGGACCUGGCGGAGGCGGAGGCGCAGAAGGACCGCAUUGACCCAUGGGUCAUUGUCAACCUGGCCUGCCACGCGCUGGGCCACGCCAAGGUGGUGUGGCGCACCAUGCCGGUGGCGGUGCGGGAGGAGCCGCUGCUGCUGGCCAAGGCGCACUUCGCGUUGGCCCGGGCCUACCAGGGGGUGGGGUGCGACAAGCAGGCGGCGGAGCAUGCGAAACAGGCGCUGGUGGUUAUCCCGCCCGACAGCGCCGACAAGGAGGAGGGCCGGGGCCUGCGGUCGGAGGUGCAGAUCAUGCGCGCCGAGUCGCUGCUCGCCUCCGCGCAGCAGCCCGGCGCCCCCCUGGCGGCGGUGGCGGCGCAGGCGGGCAAGGCGCUGGCGCUGCUGGUGCGGGCGGCGGGGCUGCAGGAGCCGGUGGCGUGGACGCAGGAGGAGGUGGAUGCGGAGGAGGAGGCGGAGGAGCUGGCACAGCUGGCGGGGGGCGGGGGGCGGGUCAAGCGGUGCACCAUUAAUGAGGUCACCGACAUGGGUAUCGCCGCCCUGAUGGCCACCUGCCACGGACUGGUGGCGGAGGCCAAGCUGAGGGGGGCGCAGGGGGAGAAGGCGGCCGCCACCAACUCGCUGCGCUGCGCCGAGGACGCCGCCUCCCGGCUGGAGCGGCGCACGGAGCGGGGGGACGCGCUGUACUCGCCGGAGCAGCUGGACAAGUACCGCCUGCAGGAGCGGGCUUUCAGGGAGGAGGCUGAGCUGCACGAGGGUGAGGCGGUGCAGCUGGGCGGGCAGGCGGAGGCGGCGUACGACGCGGCGGUGUACUGCUUGAACCACGUGCUGGAUGUGGAGGGGCGCAGGCUUGAGGAGGAGUUGGGUCGCGAGCGCAAGCAGGCGCACCCCACCUUCCGGGCGCUGUGGCGGCGCUCGCUGGACCUCAUGGCGGGGCUGGGGGAGGCGUAUGCCCUCCAGGGCAAGCAGCCCGAGCAGCUGCGCAUCAUCGAGGAGGUGCUGUCGGCAUUCGCGCAGUACGGCGGGGGCGGCUGGCUCCCCCCCGCACGACACAUCCGGGCGCUCAAGGACAAGGGGGCGCUGCUGGUGGCGGGGCGGGAGUAUUCCGCGGCGCUGGAGUGCUACAAGGAGCUGACUCGGGUGGUGGCGGAGCUGUUUGCGGAGGACGGAGUGAGGAGGGAGGUGCAGACUGCCGAGGUAUUGAAGCUGCGAGGGGAUGUGGAGCUGGCCUCGGGGGACUUCAGGGCCGCACAGCACAUGUUCAACCAGGCCCUGGAGCUCUACCAGCGCCACCUGGGCGAGCACAGCGGGGUGGCGCAGGACCUGCUGCACCGCAUUGACGAGGUCAAGGCAUACCUGGCGGACGCCCGUGUCAUGGGCCGCCUGGCCUCCUUCCCCGGCCGCUCCGCCACCCCCCCCUCCGCCCCCGCCUCUUCCGCACCUCCGAUUGCUGCGUCCGCCGGCUCCCCCGCUGGCGCCUCCCCCUCCCCCUCGUCCGGGGGGGCGGCCGGCCCCUCGCCGCGACCCCCCGGCUCCUCGGUGGCCUCACGCUCUCCCCCCGCCACCUCCACCGCCAGCGCCCAGCGCUCCAUCCCGCCCCCACCCGGCGUCGGCAGCACCUCCUCCCUCUCCGCCACCCGCCCCACCUCCACCGCCGCCUCACCCACCCCCUCCGCCGCCGCCGCCGCCGGCAGCAGGGGAGUGGGCAGCACUGCCGCCCGCGGCUCCUACGAUGGUGCAGCCCCCUCCCCCUACAGCCCGAGCACCAUCACCACCACCACCGCUGCUGCUGCUGCUGCCGCUGUCGCCUCCAGCCAUGCCGCUCACCCUCACUCUCAGCAGCAGCAGCAGCAGCACCCCAGCCCAAGCAGCUAUCUGGGCAGUGGCGGCAGCAGCCCCAGCCCGGGAGGUCAUGUCGGCAGCAGCCACGCCAGCAGCCGGCAUGCGUGGGGGGCUGGUGCUGGUGGUGCAGCGGAGGGGUACGGAGGAGGAGGAGGAGGUGGAGGGAUGAGUCCGGUGGGCAGUGCAGGAGGGGGAGGGGGCAUGCGGUUGCCGGCACUGGCGUCCAG